AUGAGCUAUUCGGAACUGAACUGCGCUGUUUUAAUUUUUAUACAUUUAAAGAUUCUUCGUCAUUCUUUUGGUGGUAAGAGGGUGAAAGCUAAUGAUGUUUAUCAAGAAUAUAUAAAAGACAAAGGCCAUAUUCAUAUGAACUCUACUGUUUGGCAUACUCUUACAGGAUUUGUCGUUUAUUUAGGAAAAUCUGGAAAAUGUAAAAUUGAAGAAAAUGAAAAAGGUUUUUUGAAUUCUGUCCAUUUUUAUCAAAAUUCUUCAGGGUGGUUUAUAACUUAUAUUAACCAAGAAGAAGAAUUGAAGAAGCAAAAAUCGCAACAACGAGCUAAACAAGAGAAGGAUGACGAGGAAAGAAUGAAUGACCAUUUGCAACGACAAAUUGAUAGAGCACGUCAACUGCAGGGCGACAAUGAACCAGAAAAAAGAGAGCCUCAAGAGUUGAUAAGAAAUGAUGAAUCAAAAAUUACCUUCUCAUUGGGUGGAAAGAAACCUUUAAUUGAAACCAAGGCAGCAUUUUCUGCUCUUUGUACUCCAACGAAUGUGCUCAAUGCUAAAUCUUCCUCUAAUUUCAAGGAAAAGACCAUGCAGCCUUCGACUUCCUCAUCGACUUCCUCAUCUGUUCAAACGAACUUACGCGAUAAUAAAGCUAGUCAUAAGAGGAAGUCUGCUUUAGAAGAAAUUAUGGAAGAGGAGGGAGAAGCAAUGCGAAAUAAACGAAACUUGAAAAAAUUCUGGUUAAAUAAAUGA